UUAGGCAAGGAGAUCACCCUUCUAAUGCAGACCUUCAACACAUUGAGCACUCCAGAGGAGAAGCUGGGUGGUCUCUGUAAGAAGUAUGCUGAGCUGCUAGAGGAGAACCGUAAUGCUCAGAAACAGAUGCGGUCUCUGCAGAAGAAGCAGACGCAGCUGAUCCAGGAGAAGGACCACUUAAGAAACGAGCACAGCAAAGCCAUCCUGGCACGCAGCAAGCUGGAGAGUCUCUGUCGAGAACUGCAAAGACACAACCGCACACUUAAGGAGGAUGGUGUGCAGCGUGCCCGAUUGGAGGAGGAGAAAAGGAAGGAAGUGACCACACAUUUCCAGGUGACACUGAAUGACAUCCAAGCUCAGAUGGAGCAGCACAACAAGCGAAAUGCAAACCUAAGGCAGGAGAACAUGGAGCUGGCUGACAAACUGAAGAAGCUUAUUGAGCAGUAUGAGCUCAGAGAGGAGCAUAUUGACAAGGUGUUCAAACAGAAAGAUCUGCAACAACAACUGGUAGAUGCAAAGCUUCAUCAGGCACAGGCACUGCUCAAGGGCUCGGAGGAUCGGCAUCAGAAGGAGAAAGACUUUCUCCUGAAAGAGGCAGCUGAGUCCCAGAGGAUGUAUGAGCUCAUGAAACAGCAGGAAGUCCAUCUGAAACAGCAGCUCUCAUUGUACACGGAGAAGUUUGAAGAGUUUCAAAACACACUUUCCAAAAGCAACGAGGUGUUCACAACAUUCAAACAAGAGAUGGAAAAGAUGACAAAGAAGAUUAAGAAGCUGGAGAAGGAAACCACCAUGUACAGAUCACGAUGGGAAAGUAGUAACAAAGCCCUGCUGGAAAUGGCAGAGGAGAAAACACUACGAGACAAGGAGUUCGAAAGCCUGCAAGUGAAGGUCCAGCGACUGGAAAAGCUCUGUCGUGCGUUACAGAUGGAACGCAACGAGCUGAGUAAGAAGGUUCAGGGUGUCUCCACAGGCAUUGAGAGUAAGCCAGAAACAGAGACGGGGUCACCAUCAGAAGCCACAGACUCGGAGGAGGGCAGCCCUGUCCAUCAGAACANCCCAGAGACUCCACAGACCGCUUGUAGCCCGGCGUGCCACUGCGCUCCAGAACUAGAGGCCGAAACUCACAGAGAGGUUUGCUCAGCCCAGGAUUGAGUCUUGCUGUUUCUGGGCGGCCAGGACACACACAAUCCUUCCCGCCUCUACCCGACCCCCGACCCUCUGUCGGCAGUCAGCCUCUGUUGUUUUCUGCAUCUGUGUCCACAACGGAACCGCUGACUUGGCUGCUCCUGGGGUGGGGGGGUUUCAUUGUGUCAGGGAAGAUUGUGCCUUCAACAUGAUUCCUAUGCUGCGUUUAUAUUCUUUGGUUUUUAUGUGGCUUGCUUUAUCCCACCCUAUUCCCGAGAAAAUCCCAUAUUUGCGUUUAGAGGGGCAUAGAUGUUGCUGCUGUGUCGGAAUGCUCAGUGUUUGUCCACUAAAUGCUUGUCUCUUUUCAGUUUGGCUGAAUAAAAACGUAAAGAAUCUUAACAGGUGGAUUGCUGAAAUCGGUGAAAAAUUCUUUGCCGUGAAACAGCAGUUAGGUGAUACUAUUUCUUUGGGUGUUUUUAUUUAAUUUCUCGCCUUAAGUUGUUGUACCAGGUCAAAUUUGCUUGUACACUUUCCAGCCGCCCUCUUUCUUCGGUUUAAAUCCCACAAAUCCUAGUUUGCACCAAACAAAGAAUGUAUGAUUUGUUAUUCAUCUUCACUACUCAGAGUUUAGAAUUGUAGGCGUACAGUUAAGACUAACAUUGUUUUUUGAGGUUAAGGUUCAUGUAAUCUGAGCCUAGAUUUUUUAAAUGCUUUUGCACAGCACUUGAAUUUGUCACAUGUAUCUUUUAGUUUACACCAUCUUAGAGCACCACUAGCUUCUUUGAUAAGUUUAUAUAUCCACCGUUAUAGAUACAUUCCUUUAACCCAAUUCCAUUAACUUGUAAUUAGCAAUGUGCUCUUGAAUGUUUCAGUGUGUGAUUUCAGUUUGGACAGUUUUUUUUUUAGAUACUGAUCACAUGGUUGUUUGUGUCUUACUUGAUGUGUUAUUCAAAAUGUAAAAAAAGAA